UUCCUUUUUACCCAUCUCCUAGUAGAGGUGUCCGUUUUAUUUAUUUAUUUACAUCUAAGUGGUCUACACACAACCUGGUACCGUGACGCGUUCCCCCGCGAUCUCCAGCCCCCCCCCCCCCCUCGGGCCCAUCGUACACACCCUCCUGCACCCCACCUAUCAGUCUUCCCGCGCGGAGCGCCAUGCACUCCUUCUACGCCGCCUCAGAUGCCCAUGUUCAGCCACCACAGAGCCGACACCUCGCCGCUGCCGCCGCCGCUGCUGCGGGGAGGGGCAGUGUUCGUAGGCGGAGCGGCGCCAGCCUUCUUAGCGUCGCGCGCCGCGGCCUUCGCGUCGCGCGCCGCGGCCGCGUCUUCGCGCGCCUGCUGCUUCGCCUGUAGGUACUCUGUCGCCGAUGCCUUGCUCCCCGCUGUGCUCUGCCGUUGUGACGCGGCCGAAGCGCGCGACGCGGCCGAAGCGCGCGACGCGGCCGAAGCGCGAGAGGGGGGUGGCCGCGCUGUCGCAGACGGUCGUGCCGGCGCCGCCGGCCGCGGCGCGGCCGAGCGUGGCUGCGGCGCGGCCGGGCGUGGCUGCGGCGGUGCAUACUGCGGCGCAGCGGGUCCGGGCGGCGGAGCGUUCACCAUCAGCUGGCUUCCGGGGCCCUGGCCGGGCGGAACGGUGAUUUGGAC